UUAACCUUUCUGCAUUUACUCAGGAUUCACCCGUAGCCUAUUAAACAAAAAAAAGAAAAAAAAGAAACAGGGUUCCUCAAGGGGUUCUGGCUUUUUAAAGGGUUUUAUUUCUAAGCCUUUCUGAACAGGAAACCCUCAGGGUUGGAAAUUGAUGUUUCCCCAUGGGACAUAACAGGGAACUGUUUACAUUGCUCAGUAGUCUCUUUAUCGAGUAAUGAGGAACCUCAAUGCUGAAACACAUGAAAUGUUUAUGCUGAAAUGUUUGUGAUGGGUUUAGCGAUUCUGGUGCUAAAUUGUCGGCUGAGGCUGUAGUUGUGUUGUUCCUGAGAGAAGUUAUCGGUUGGGUGCUGCUCUGUUGUCGCUCAGUAACAAUGGAGAUUCAUAGAAGGGGGAAGAAGAAUUAAAAUCUCAGCGUUCAGGAUCUGGUGUUAGCUCAUGAAAACAAGAGAUAUGAAAGUUACAGGUUUGGAAGCUGCUCUGAGAUGAGCUGGACAGACUGAAGCACCGCUGCAUCGCUCUCUUUAGGUGGUUCCAGUGAUGAAGGCGACCGUCUCCUUUUACACAGCCUACCUGCUGUGUUUGGUGCUCAGCGUGGUGUGUGUGGUGCUGGUCGUCCACUGGAACGUCGCCUACCGUGGCGGCUUCUCUUGGGACGGCAAGAUCACGCAGUUCAACUGGCAUCCCGUGCUCAUGGUGGUCGGCCUGGUGGUGCUGUAUGGAAACGCCGCUGUGGUGUAUCGUGUCCCAUUGACCUGGACUCAGGACAAACUGCCAUGGAAGAUUCUCCAUGCCUGCCUCCUCCUCCUCGCGCUGAUCUUCACCAUCGUGGGCUUGUGUGCUGUGUUCGACUACCACAACACCAAUAAUACACCGAACCUAUACUCGCUGCACAGCUGGGUGGGAAUCUUCACCACCGCCUUGUUCGCUGCUCAGUGGGUAGCCGGAUUCGGAGCGUUCCUCAUCCCGUGCUCCCCCUUGCCUCUGCGAGCGUUCAUCAAACCCACUCACGUAUGGAUGGGAGCCAUUCUGCUGGUCCUCAGUGUUGUGUCCUGUAUCUCAGGCAUCAAUGAGAAGCUGUUUUUUGCGCUAAAAAAGGGAACCAAUGGGACGCUGCCGUACAACGAGCUGCCACCGGAGGCGGUACUUGGCAAUUCGCUUGGCAUCGUCAUCGUGGCUUUGGCACUGGUCGUCCUGAAAAUCCUGUCCAAUCAGACUUGGCAACGUCCCGAGCCAAGGAACGAGGAGGCGGGUUACAGGCAACUGCCAGGAGACGACAGUUGAAGCCUCAAAGCCUUUCUUGGUGCUGUCUGGAUCAGUUCAAUACACAUAUACUGAGGUUUAUCUGCUAGGAGCAUUGCUUUAAGCAGUAUUGUUUAUUAUUAUUUUUUUUUUUUUGUAAAUGCACCAGUUGUUUGUGUUUCAUUUCCGUUUUGUGAUGUCCAGUGCAUCAGAAAAAAAUCAGAGCAUCAAAAUGAAGUGUGCCAUUAUGAUAAAUAUCCUACAUAAAUAAAUAAAUAAAUAUUCAGAGAUCUGUGCUGCAUUAUGAUAUCAUAUAUGUGAAGAUGUCAGUAAUAAAUAACAGCAAUAAAAUGUUCAAAUUAAAAUAAAUGAUUUUUAAAAAAUUCUUCUUC